AUGGGGCAAAAGCAAGAAUUAGCAUCAUUAGAAACAACGAGCACGAUUGCAUAUCUUGUGAUUCCAAAAUUGGGUUUGGUAUUCAUCGACGUUCCACAGUUCAGCAGCGGUGCUUCAAAAUGGAAUCAGAACAUUAGAGUAUUCCAAACACAGGUAGAUACGUCAUGUCGCAGUUUAAAGUUUACAGCGACCAGAACGUUUAAAGGUAAACGCUUCAUCAACCACACCAUGCGUAUCGCCUAUGUUAAGGGCCAAGAAUUUUGCGAUGUGCUAUGCUUUUUGGAGGAUAACUGUUUCAGCUAUAAUUUCAUGACGAUAAGUGAAACUGGAAAGCAGAAAUGCGAACUAAAUAAUGCUACACACGAAGGACACGAAAGAGACCUGAAGAAAGACAUGGAUUACGAGUACUACGCAGCCGAGAAUAGCUGCUCCAGUAAUCCUUGUCAUUUGAAUGCUACCUGCCAAACCGGUUUUUCAGAGAGAGGAUAUCGCUGUUUGUGUCUCCAGGGAUUCGCUGGCCUAAAUUGCAAAACAGAUGUGGACGAAUGCUCUACUGGAAAACAUGGUUGUGAUGUUCAUGCGGACUGCAAAAACACCGAAGGCUCUUAUGAAUGCAUUUGUAAACCUGGAUAUCAAGGAAACGGCAAGAAUUGCCGAGGUUUCUCACUGUUCACUGAACGUUUUUCAUCAGCCAAGGAGAUUUACGCGCGGACUUUGUCCAGAGAGAACAAAGCCUUCUUGUUAACCUUCGGGACCGCACAGGUUAACGUAUUCUGUGUCUUGAACGACACCAGCUUGGGAUCAUGUGGGGAAGGUGGCUGGACACUGGUCAUGAAGAUGAACGGAUCAAAGCAAACGUUUCACUACAACUCUGCUCUCUGGACGAACAAAGAACCAUACAAUCUUGCCGGUGGAGAGACAGGAUUUGACUCAGAAGAGACUAAGUUACCGACAUAUUGGAACACAGCUUUCUCCAAGAUCUGUCUCGGUAUGAGGAUCCCCGGCGAAGACUUUGCACGGUUCAUUGCCAUAAACCGCUCGGCAGACUCUCUCCACUCACUAAUCGCCGAUGAUCAGUAUCGACCCACCUCAUUAGGCCGUGAAACGUGGAAAUCGCUGCUUGGUACACAAGGCUCUUUGCAAUAUAACUGCAACAGGGAAGGGUUCAAUGUAUCACCCGUAAGCUCCUAUAAAUCCUUUUCCAAAGCAAGAAUCGGUAUCAUUGGCAACAACGAAAACGACUGUGCCCAACCCGAUUCCAGAAUUGGGUUUGGCACAGGUGGAGUUCCUAAUUACUUUAACACGUGUGGUGAUGUAGCAAAAUAUAUUGCAGACAAUGGACCCAAAAAUAUUAUAACAACUGGCUACAUUUUCGUUCAGUGAGACCU